AUGUUGUCAUUUAAUAUCUAUGUUGCUUUUGCAAUCUUUUCCACACUUGUGGCUGGAGUUCCUCUUCCAGAAAGCCAAUAUCGCCCAUCAAUUCACCACGUUCUUGAACAGAGAGCCCCGCCGGAAUUCGUCAAAGCCUCAACUGAAUCGGCAAAGAAAAUUGGAAAUGCUGCCUUAAUUCCAUUCAUGAAGAGAACUCCGCUGGAGAAGGCGGUGAUAGAAAUACAAAAGCGAUAUCAAAAGACGAAGCUUCAAAGGUUGGGCAGCGCCUUUAGGAAAGCUGGAAAGGCUAUUAGUAGGCCGAUUCACAGGGUGGGCAAAUCCUUUAGGAAAACUGGAAAGGCUAUCAAGAAACCAUUUCAAAAGACGCCGCUUCAAAAGGUGGGCGACGCCUCUGAGAAAGCUGGAAAGACUAUCAAGAAGCCAUUUCAAAAGACGCCGCUUCAAAAGGUGGGCGACGUCUUUGAGAAAGCUGAAAAGACUAUCAAGAAGCCAUUUAAAAAGACGCCGCUUCAAAAGGUGGGCGGCGCCUUUGAGAGAACUGGAAAGGCUAUCAAGAAGACGUUCCAGAGCCGGGAUGUUACUUUUUGA